AUGCUGGGGCGCACAGUUGCAUCCCACAGCAUCUGCUUCUCAGACUGGGCACAGCCCUUCGCUGUCUGCAGCUGCACCUAUGCCCGUCUGCAACGCAGCGAAGCGCAACCUAUCAGAAUCCCGCCAACCCGCCUUGCGGCACUAUGUUACCAUGUUGUCCUCGAUCCUGAGUUGCUGAGAUGCACGGGCACGGGCACGGUGCAUCAGCUCAGGGGUCCAACGUGCCCGCCGGUCGACCAAGUAGCGAACGAUAGCCAACGUAUUCGCUUCGAGCUCCGAUUCACAAACCUGAAUCUGCUUGCACAGCAGUUGCGACACUCUCUCGUGAAGGGGCACUCUUCCCGCGAAGAUCUGUUUUUGAUCAUCGAGGCCUUGUGA